GGACGAUGCAGAUCGGAAGAAGAGCAGAUCUUGGCCGUCGGUUCCUUGCAGAGCGCGGGCGGUGCAGACGAAGCCUCGCGUCGUCGGUUCUCUCGUCUCCCAGCGGCCGUUCCCAUAUCCCAAGCCUAAUUUCCCCUCCCAAAUCCAAGAGAAAAGUAAAGUCUCCGGCCGGAUUCGAGAUCGGAGGCCAGCUCCAGGUAAGCGGCGCGCAAUCUUUUGCUCCUUGUCAAUCUCAAUCGCAGUUUUGUCCUGGCUGGUGGUACUUGUGUUCUGAUUUGCCUGGAUCGAGGGGAAUUCGUCUCUAGGUAGGAUUUCACAGUUUUAUGGCCUUUGAUUGCAACAAGGAAGGAGGAGUUUCUUCACCUGAGAACUAUUCCAGGAUUUGCACUCAAGGCACUCUCAUCCAGGAAAAUCCUUUAACUCACUGCGGAAAGGCUAAAAAUUGGAAGAGCCUCAACAGAUUAAACUACCAGAAGUCCAGUUAUGGAUCAAUUCCAGGUGAUUCUGAUCCAAAGCAAGAUGAUGGAACGAGUGAUGAGGCAAUUGCUUCAAUCUGUGGCAUUAGGUCCUUCACUGAUUUGCCAGCUGCAUUGGUCUGUGAGGUCCUUGAACACCUCGAUGCGAAGGAGCUUGGCAUUGUAUCUUGUGUCUCCACCCUUUUGCAUUCCUUAGCCACAGAUCACCAGGGAUGGAAGAAGUUCUACUGUGAAAGGUGGGGGCUUCCAAAUCUUCCCAUCACCCUGAAUGGACCCUCGGUUCUAGGUGGACCCCCAGAUGGGAAAUCCUGGAGAACAUUUUUCGUGGAGCGGGAGUUUCAAAGUAAAUCAUUCAUGGGAAAAUUCGAUGCGGAUGUUCUCUGUGGCCACAGUGAAGAUGUACGCGCUGUUUUCCUUCUGGCAUCAACAAAUCUGAUUUUCACCGGUGGUCGUGAUUCUGUGAUUCGGAUGUGGAACAUGGAGGAAGGGCUCUUGAUUGAUACGUCCCGCCCGCUCGGUUGCACCAUACGGGCAAUUGCAGCUGACAAUAGGCUUUUGGUGACUGGAGGAACCAAUGCCUUCAUUCAGUGUUGGAGGGCCGUUGAAGGGAAUCCUUUUCUUUUUCAGAUUUCUGGAAGUGGUACUUACCAGGAUUCUGAGUUUUGCCUUUGGGGACAUGAAGGUCCUGUGACUUGUCUUGCGUUGGAUUCACUGAGGAUUUACAGUGGUUCCUGGGACAUGACUGUUCGUGUUUGGGACAGAACCCAGAUGGAGUGUGUACAAAAGUUCAUGCAUGCAGACUGGGUUUGGGCUCUCGCACCUCAUGGAAAUACUGUUGCCAGUACAGCUGGCAGGGAUGCAUAUGUGUGGGAUAUCAGGAACGGCGAGUUGACAAGCAUAGUUUCCAAUGCCCAUGUUGGUAAUGCGUAUUCUUUAGCUCGGACUCACCUGCCAGGUGUGUUGUUUACUGGAGGAGAGGAUGGGGCAGUUCGCUUGUUCAAGGUUUCUGAUGUCUCUGAUGAUGAGGACAUUAAGCCAUCAGCAACUUGGGUGCCACACUCAGGCCCUGUUCAUUCUCUCGCUUUUGAGUAUCCAUGGCUUGUCUCAGCCUCUAGUGAUGGCAGGAUUGCAUUAAUUGAUUUGAGGAAACUUCUGACCCCCCAAAACUCAUCAAAGCACCCAUUUAACGUUAAGAGCUUUGAUGCAAGUGCCAUAAAGCCUCCACAGAGGAUGCUUCAUGGCUGUAGAUGUGAACUUUUCUCCAUUGCCAUUGGUGCAGAUAGGAUUGUAUGUGGGGGUGAGGAUGGUUCUGUCAAGGUCUGGAACUUUUCAGAAGCGCUGGAGAUUGAGAAGAGGGCACAGGCUCUAAAGAGUUUGAGGCAGGAGAACCGCAUGAGGCGGAAGAAGGCACAAGUUGAGAUGAAUGCAAAUGGUAGAAGGUCUGACCAGUGCUCAAUAGCCAUGAAAAGGAACCAACUGAAGGGUGAUAAGAGUGUCACUUGGCACAGCAAGCAUGCCAUUAACGAGAAGGCCAAGUCUUAGAUUAGGACCCUUCUAAACAUUAUAGUUUAUCAUGGCCAUGCAUUGAUAUUUCCUUUGUUGGAAGUUCCUUUUCUAAUUCCAUCGAAGCUAGGUUUUCUCAACAUUGGCACAGUCAGAUAUUUGAUUUCAUACGGUUAUCCAAUGCAAUUCUUAUUUGUACGCAAUUGUCAAUGGUGGAAAAACUCUUCGCAUUAUCCAUUUUGCGCCUUGAUUGCAUA